AUGAUUAAUAUACAGCCAAGAACAAGAGAAUAAAGAGAAGCCCAAAGAGAUAAGGAUCUAAUUGAAAAGACAAGGAUUGAUUAAAGAGUUGGGUAUGAAGCAAGAGGUUUGGGAGUUGGAAACCUGAUACAUCAAGCACCACCAUAAUCAUCACUCUAUGUUCCAGAAAAUGAGAGAUUUGACAAGGAUUUUGCUAUUGCUGAUAAGAGAUAGAGAGAAAUGUAACUUUAGCAGAAAGAACAAGUUAUCGAAAAGAAAAGAAUUGAGGGAUUGGAUAGAGAAACUAAAAAAUGGGAGUAUCAAGAGAAACAAGAACAAAAAGAUUAAUAAAAACUAAUCAAUCAUACUUAAGCUUUAACCUAAGGAAAGAGAAAUUAAAAUGGAUUGGCAUAUAAUCCUAUUACUUUAUAAUACGAUAAGACUUAAUAAGGAAACAUAUUAAAGGAAUAGGAUGAUUAGGCAAAGGUUCGACAAUAUGUUAGGGCCUAAAAUCUGGAUCAAAGAGGGAAUGCUGGAUUCAAUAUUUUGACCGGAGAAUCACGUAAUGGAGUUGAUUCGAUUGUACCUAAUCAUUUGAAGAAUCAAUAUUAGUAGAAACUAAGAGAUCAUGAGUAAAACUUAAACAUCAAAACUCAUUCUUAAUUUAAUAAUUGA